AUGUGGUUCUUCAAAAAGCUUCUCCCAGCACUGCUCCUCGUCCCAGCUUUGGGUCUCGCGUCACCCUUACCAAACCCGGUGGCAGCGCCCCAGUCUUCGGAAGACACGGACCAGAUCACCUGCUUUGAGUAUGGGAGCGGAUUGGUCACCGCCCAACAAGCCACCGACCUCGUCAACGAGUUUAACCGCAUUGUCUGCCAAUCCAACCCGAACGCACCCAUCUCGCUCAACCCCUUAGAGGGAGUGUCAGUCGAUGACCCAUCGGGAACAAUCAUCUUCCAGAAUACCUUGAAUACGGUCGCCACACCACCCAGUUGUGGUGAAGUGGUCAGUGACUUCCAGAAGCUGUUGGAUCAGUGUUUCACUGGGAGGGGCAGCUAUGGUGGUGUCUUAAUCGAGACUGCUGGCGGGGGAAGGACCUCGUACGUUAUCAAGUCGCCAUGA